AUCAAGCGUCGUCACAUGAGCCUCCGCUGCUCCUAGAUCAUCAUAUUCACAUCGCCUUGCCUUCCGCUCCAAUGGACAACUGACGCAGCGGCGGCCAUGGAAGAGACAGCGGCGGCACUGAUCGCCACUACCAAAGCCGACGACGACCACCAUCCCGCGCUGCACACGCACAACGUGGCCGAGGUCAUGGGGACGCUGCCGCUGGAGUCACGGUGGCCGCCGUUCCCGCUCCGGCGGUACCGCGGGUACUGGCUGCUGGAGCGGUUCCUCCCGGCGAUGGCAGCCUUCUACGACCACUUCGAGCCGGCCCCCAGCGGCGACGUGCUCCUGGCCACCUGCCCCAAGUCCGGCACCACCUGGCUCAAGGCCCUCGCCUUCGCCACCACGCACCACGCCGCGCACCCGCCGUCGUCCGGCGACCACCCGCUGCUCCGCCGCAACCCGCACGGGUGCGUCAUGUUCCUCGAGACCAUCUUCGACCGCCCCGUCGACGCCGCGCGCGGCGUCCUCGCGGCGUACCCGUCGUCCCCGCGCGUCUUCGGAACCCACUGGGCUUACUCCCAGCUGCCGGAGAGCAUCACGGGUCCGUCCUGGUGCGGCCGGGUCGUGUACCUCUGCCGUGACCCCAAGGACGUGAUGAUGUCCUGGUACUGGUUCCUCAACAAGAUGGUCGGCCAUGGCACCGAGCUCGACGGCCGCCUCGACUUCCACAACCUCUUCGAGGUCUUCUGCGAGGGCCGGAGCGGCAUGGGGCCGGUGUGGCGGCACGCGGCCGAGUACUGGGCGGCGAGCAAGAAUCACCCGGAGAAGGUGCUCUUCCUCACGUACGAGGAGUUGACGGGCGACCCGAAGGGCAACCUCUUGAAGCUGGCCGAGUUCCUGGGGUGCCCGUUCACAGCGGCGGAGCGCGAUGCCGGCGUGGUGGACGCCGUUCUGGAGCUCUGUAGCCUGGAGAGGCUCAGGAACCUGGAGGUGAAUAGGAACGGCGAGCCGGAGCUGGUCGUCUCCAACGACGCCUUCUUCAGGAAAGGGGUGGUCGGCGACUGGAGGAACCACAUGACGCCGGCGAUGGCGGCGAGGCUGGACAAGAUCGUGGAGGACGCCCUGCAGGGUACCGGAUUCUCGUUUGCUAGCUCCACGCCGCGGGGCACGACGCCGGAGGACGAUGCACAGUAGAUAUAGAUCGACGGCGGCGCAUUGUCAAUUUAUCAUAUCAAAUCGAGCUUUCCUUUCGACGACGUGUGGUCGAACCGGGAAGUGUUGAAGUCGGAAACAUUUGUCGGAAACUUUGAAGCAGCCCAUUCCAAUCGUGCGUGCCAGAUCUUGAUGUUUGGUUAGAGUUGAACUUAUAUACUCCGUACUCUAUAUAAUGUUGUUGUUGUUUGCGUUAAAUAUCAAAACGGCUACCUCUUUCCGUGA